GACAGACCCACAGACAUGGUCCUGGGCUUGUCCACCGGACCAUCCGCAGCUCUGAUCUAACAUCUGUGUGGGAUCUGUGCAUCCAGAGCCAGGCCGAGCCGAGCCGAGCCGCGCCAGAGCCGAGAGGAGCGGGAUGUUGUGCACUGCAGCAGACAUGAAGAAGAAGCAGGGCCUGGUCCAGAUGACACUGAUGAUGGUUCUUCUGACCAGCUGUGAUGCCUUCAGACUCAGCUCUUCUCAGCGCCUCAUCCCCCUCAGCCCUCCUGUGGCCCGCUUCUUCCAGGACCAAGGUCCGGUCCAGACGCGUUUCAUCCAGGAAUUAGUCCGAACCAAACGGCACAUGGCACAGGAACUAGUGCGGGCCCAGCCUCUUUUGGUUCAUGACCUGGGUUGGCCCGAAAUACACGAGACGUCCCGUUCUCAGGCCAAAGCGGAAUCCACAAACUCCUCCUCCCAGUUCCCUCCAGACCCCGCCCCUCAAGGCGGAGCCAGACCGCAGGUGACCCUGGACGACAACCUGGGAGUUCAGGAUGAGAUGGAGCGUAUGGUCCAUCUAGCGGUCCCUCAGGAUCCUGAAGACCUCCGUGGACCUGCAGACUCCUCUGAACCAGAGACCCAGGACGCCUCGGGUUUCUACGGGACAGACACCGAGGACCGAGACAGAGGAGAGGAGGGAGGGGAGGAGCGAGAGAGGAGGGGAGGAGACGAGGAGUGGGACAGAGACGCAGCAGAGGAGCCAAUCAGAGGAGAGGGGGGAGGGGCCCACCAGCACCAGGGGCCAAUCAGAGGAGAGGGGGGAGGGGCCCACCAGCACCAGGGGCCAGUCAGAGGAGAGGGAGGAGGAGGGGCCCACCAGCACCGCCAUUCUGUGGACGUCAACCACACCACACCAGACCUGGACGCUCUGAUCGGCUACAGUCCAUCUUUCCCCUUGUCCAGCGCUGAGCAGAUGGACGUCUCGUCCCCAGCUGAACUGUUGGACUCUGGGCCACAGAACCACCGGUCAUCCCCGGUUCUAGAGGUCUCUCCUCUGGACCGGGAGCUUUGGGAUCCAGAGGAGGUGGUUCAGUCCAGUGGGUAUGGAGGUCUGCACUUCUCCACCACUACAGCGACCGCAACCUCCACUUCUGUUAGAGCUGACGAAAACAGAGGAACUGCCACCCCCGAGACCGACACAGGGACUGACUUCAGCCUGGUGGGGGGUUACGCCAAAGCUGCAGAUGAGAAAGAGGAGGAAGAGACAGAGAGGGAGGAAGAGGAGGAGGAGGAGGAUACCGGUCUAUCUCAUAUUGGAGACAUAUUUGGACAUAAUCCAACUGCAGCAGAGGUGGGUUUGGCCCCCAGCAGAGAACCACUGCAGCCCAGUGUCCAAGAAGAAGAGGAGGAGGAGGAGGAGGAGGUGUUCAAAGACGUAGGUGCAGAGGAGGAAGACGACUGGAGGAAGACCAGGUCCAGAAUCAGACCCAUUGUCCCGCUCACCACUGACCCCGCCCCCACCGUCGGCUUCACACACCCGUCCUGGGAUUGGCUGGACCGGACCACGGCCCUGCAGGAUCUGAGGUCAGAGGUCAUGGGAGGUGGAGUCACAGAGGUCUAUGGUGACUUUGAUGAACCGGAACCAUCAGGACAGGUGGUGUGUAUCAAAUGGAACGAGCUGACUGGGCGGGGCUACGUCAUCCUGAACAUGACCCACAACAUGAACUGUGAAGAGUUCCGUGUGGACAGAGGUUUCCGUUUGCUGAGGACCAUGGAACGAGUGUUUGCUCGUCGGAUGAACAGCCCUGAAGGAUCAUGGGUACUCUACCUCAGCAAACCCACGCACCAACAACACCAGCUGUUGAUGAACGUGGCAUCUGCACGAGGAGUCAUCGCCACCAAGGAUGUGCUGGGCAUGCUAGGAGAGAUCAGGACCAGUUUAAAUGAGGUGGGCAUCCAGAACUACAGUGCAGCCAGCAGCUGUCAGACCAGACCCAGUCAGACACGCAGCGACUAUGGUAAACUGUUUGUGGUUCUGGUCAUCAUCGGUUCUGUGUGCACCAUCAUCAUCACAUCUGGAUUCAUCUACAUCUGCUGGCAACGACGUCUGCCUGCAACCAAGACCUCAUUCCGUGCUGAGGAACUUCACUUUGUGGAGAAUGGUUGCCAUGACAACCCCACCCUGGAUGUGACCAACGACAACCAGCCAGAGAUGCGGGAGAAGAAACCGAGCGCCAACGGGCUGACGGGAGGAGGAGACGGAGGCGGACAGGAGAACAGUCGCUGGCAGGUGUUUGUUAAUCAAGCAGCGACUGAGGAGGAAGAGGAGGAGCAGGACACACACCUCUGAUGAAGAACAAAGGAAAAAGGUGUGACAGAAGGAAAGGGCAUCUUUGAAAAGUGUAGAGCCCCGAGGAAAAGAAGAAGAAAACAAACUGGAAGAAGAAAAGGAAAGCAACAGAGAAAAGAAAAACAGAGGCGGUGCUUUAAAGCCUCAGUGACAGAUGUGUUAUCCAAUCAGAGUUCAGCUAGGAUUAAAGCUGAAGGGUGUAGAGCAGGAGGGGUGUGUGUGUGGGGGGGUCAGGGGUCAGGGGUCAGACACUGGGCUCACAUUCAUAUCAGACACAUGAUGAAUGUCCACGUUCGUAAAAAGUCCACAAACCCAGAGGUAAGUCCUGCCUCAUGCGUUCCGUUGGGUCAUUUCAUGCUAGUGUGCCUUAGAGGUGGAGUUCCAUGUCCAAAUACAGACACAUCAGACAAAGGACCAGGGUCUCCUGAGGCUGAACCCCACGUAAGCCAAAAUCACAUCAGGUCCAUGUGGACAGGAUCAGGACUAACCCAGUAGGACUCCUCAGAUGGUAGUUUUUAAAUGUUCUUACACACAGAUGUGAUGGUUCAAAUGUU